AUGGGGAAACAGCGAACAUCGUUUACAGCGAAAGAAAAACUGGACGCCAUUGACUACGCCGAGAGACUUGGAUUUCGUGCCGCCGGUCGCCACUUCGACAUUCCGGAGUCAAAUAUCAGGGCAUGGAAGAAAAAAGAAGACCAUCUAAAGUCCCUACCAAUCACCAGAAGGGCUGACAGAGGUGCUACCUCGAAAUACCCAGAGAUGGAGAGAGAGCUCUUCAACUUUGUAUGCGAUCGCCGAGAUUCUGGCAUUGCUGUCAGUACAACGGAACUGCGACUGCGGGCUAUGCAGAUCAAGAGAGGUUAUGGGGUCACCGACAUGGAGGACGAGUGCGAUAUCUUCUAUCACGAUGACGAAAAAACUACUGAGGCGGACUUUGAUCCAACAACUUUUUUCGAUAGUGACGAGGAGGAGGAAUUUGCAGGGUUUUAG